CACUGGCUGGUUUGAAUUGAAAGCGAAAAGCCGUCGAGCUGGAAAGUCUGCUCGUCACACACACACACACGCCCGUGAAAACAUUGUGAAGCAGGAACACUGAACCUGGCGGAGCGAACACCUCAGCUACCUCCGCGCGGUUUACAGCAAAAGCUGCCGAGAAAAAAAGAAAAAUGAGCAAAAUCGCAAAGUUAUUCAAGGGGAGCUCCGGCUCGUCGAGCUCAUCCAAACACCACCGGUCGCGGGGAGGACCUUCGGCCCAAGAGGCCAUUCACAAACUCCGGGAAACGGAAGAAAUGUUGACGAAGAAACAAGACUACCUGGAGAAGAAGAUAGAGCAGGAACUAAUGAUAGCCAAGAAGAAUGGCACGAAAAACAAGCGAGCUGCCCUGCAGGCCCUGAAGAGGAAGAAGCGCUUGGAGCAGCAGCUCACGCAGAUUGAUGGCACGCUCUCCACCAUCGAGUUUCAGAGAGAAGCUCUGGAGAACUCUCACACCAACACAGAGGUCCUGAAGAACAUGGGCUUUGCCGCCAGCGCCAUGAAGAAGGUCCACGACAACAUGGACAUUGGCAAGAUAGAUGAUCUGAUGCAGGACAUCACAGAGCAACAGGACGUGGCCCGAGAAAUCAGCGAGGCAAUCUCCGGACCCUUCGGCGAGGCAUUCGACGAUGAUGAGCUGCUGGCAGAGCUGGCAGAGCUGGAACAGGAGGAGUUGGAGAACAAUAUGAAGAGUAUGGGUGGACUCCCCAGCGUGCCCAGCUCCAAGCUGCCUUCAGCGAAACCCGCUCAGCGCGCAACAACCAAGAAAAGGGUUGAAGAUGAAGACGACAUGCGUAUGCUGGAAUCAUGGGCAACUUAAGUACAUUAAAUCAGCCGUAAUGUACUCUGCCAGAUUUAUCUCUCAAGAUAAUACGUUUUGUUUUUUUUAUUCGGGAAAAUGAAGAGCAUCUACUGUUUUAAAAAUAAGCUUUCUGCCUGUCGACUUGUCAUGUCACUGCACAGGUCAUAUCCAUCAAGAAGUGUGGAAAUCAACAAACUAUAUCUCCCUGUCUUUACAUUGAUCCUUCUUACUUUGCAUGUACAUAAUGCACAUCUUUCAUAGCACUAAUGAAGAAAUACAUGGAUAUGACGUGAUGUUUUCAACUAAAAUAGAAGAGAAAGCCUAACUGUGCUGGCUGUAAAUAAAGUCUGAUUAGUAUUAAUCCUGUAAA